AUGAGCUUGCCUUAUGAUGAAGGAGGUGUGGGGAUCAGAAGACUCACAUAUAUUUGUACUUCUCUUCAAUAUAAGCAAUGGUGGAACUUCAGGGCUAAAUCUUCAAUAUGGGAUCAUUUCCUCAAGUCCAAAUAUUGCCAGAGAGCCAAUCCAGUUGCAAAGAAGGUGGACACAGGCCAAUCUCUAGUGUGGAGAUAUAUGAUGAAGCAUAAGAACAAAGUGGAGGAUCAUAUCACUUGGAAAAUUAAUUCUGGAAGUUGCUCCUUUUGGUGGGAUGAUUGGUUGGGAGGAGGUGCGCUUGCUAAUUAUACCAACAAUAUUUCAAGCCUUAAUAAUGCCACUAUUGCGCACUUUCUUGUCAAUGGAGAAUGGAAUGAAAGAAAGCUGAGGCAGCAGGUUCCACCACUGCUCAUUCCCUAUAUUUUGAGCACUAAGUUUCAUUACCAACAAGGAGUGAAAGACACUGCAGUCUGGAAGCCUAACGAUUCUGGAAAUUUCUCCUGUGCUUCAGCCUGGGAAAUUUGCAGACUUAGGAAGAAUAAUGCAGUGGCCAAUUCACAGAUUUGGCAUAAGCACAUCCCUUUCAAGAUGUCCUUUCUCGUUUGGAGAGCAUUAAGAAAUAAACUACCAACCAAUGAAAAAUUGGCAACCUUCGGGGUCGAGCCUGUGAGGUGCUUCUGUUGCAUUAAAAAAGGAUGGGAUGAUGUGGAUCAUAUCUUCAAUCAAGGCCCCUUUACACUCAUAUCUGGAAAGUAUUUUCAGGUCCAAUGGGAGUUACUUUCCAACAGUCCUCAUUGA